AUGUGGGAUGGUGUGAAAAUUGUGCAUGGUAAACCACGCCACAGCCAAACACAAGGAUCCAUCGAAAGGGCAAACCAAGGUUUCCAAAAUAUACUGAGAGCUAUGAUGGAAGAUAAUGACACUACAAAAUGGUCAGAAGCAUUACCAUUUGUCCAAUUUGCGAAAAAUACAACGUAUCAUCAAGGUAUAAAACAAACGCUAUACGAAGCUAUGUUUGGCACUAAAGCACAAAGAGGUCUUUUAACAUCUUCUCUUCUACGAGAACAAAUAGAAAAACUAGCAACAAAAGAGGAGUUAGAACAAAUACUUCAGUCUGUAACCCCUCAAACUGACCCAGAAAGUAAAGGAAGUGAUGAAAAUGAAGUAGAGGAAGAGUAUAACGGUAAAAGCGACGAUAAUCUUGACAAUCAAGCAAAUAAUGAUGAAGAUAAGCUCAGCGAUAAAAUUGAUGGCAAAAACCAAAAUGAAUUAUUAAACAUAAAUGAAAAGAAGGAGAAUACAAUUAAGAAUAGAGCUUUGGCACUAAAUGGACUUCAAACACAAGCAAGUGUAAUGCUGCGAUCGUCGAACCAAAAAUUUCCGCCUGCUCAAGUGGGUGAUACUGUUCGAGUGCGAGUUCCAGAUAUCGAUCGAGGACGUAUGGAUUACCAAAAUAUCUUGGCUGUUAUAAUGGACGUUGAUAAUGACUUAUACAAAUUAGGAACAAAAUAUAGGAUUAUUAGUCAGCUGUACACUCGAAAUCAAUUUGCAGUGUGCAAAGAAAAAUUGAUAUCGUUAAACGACGUUUUAUCCAAUCAGAAAAUGUCUUUGAGACAGGUAUCGACAGCUGCUUCCAAAAAGUGGUGGCCAAGAUAUCAAAAAUCUGUUCCAAGAAUAUUUAGUACAACUUCUCGUGAUUAUUUUGAUACCAAAAUCAUGUUUCUACGAUCAACCAGGCCUGAGUACUAUUGGAAGUACGAAAGCAUGUUUUGGCAAAAAAAUUAUGAAUUUGCCGUCGUCAUGUGCUGCUAA